GCGGUCUCCAGAAGAUGAACCUACCAGAAUCUGAGCACAAGCCGAACUGCUUACAUCAGAUCGGCAGUUACAACAUGGACUUUGCGAUGGUGAUGACCGUCCCGGUGUACAAACCGCUGCCGCAGCCAGCGGCCAAGGCACCAGACAAGCGUAGACUUCCCUUACCAAGCCGCGUAAAUCUGGACAAAAGUGUAGUCCACGUCGAAGAGGAGCGUCCUCCCGAUGACUUGGGUCUCGCCCAGGAACCCGAGUUGAAAUGUAGCCGAUCAACCCAAUCCCGAUCCCACUCCGAGCCUGCAUCGUCAGAAGUGCACGUGGUCAACCAGGCGAGAAAACGCCACAAGUCAGUAAGUAAUCUGUCCAACCUAACCUCGUACAAGGUCGCCAACGUAGACACGGGCCGUCGUGUGCCCAGCAUUCAGAUCACAAACUGCCAGAGGUGGUUCACCAUCUGGUUUCUGAUCGCUCAAGUGCAGAGUCAACCAGUCGCGAUGAAGCUCGUGAUCUACCCCCAAGGUAGCUUUCAUGAACCGCCCAGCCAUGAUGAACCGUUCCAAGUACGAGAUCAACUCAGACGUUUCCAGCGAACGGUCGAUCGCCGGCGCAAGAGCUGGCAUUCGACAAUCCCACCGGACAAGUUGUCACGCGAUCCCGAGUCAGCUCAACCCAGCAAGCGCAGGAGCAACCUCCGAGAGUUUCACGCCGUUUUACCAGCCAUCAAAGACGUCGGCGAGCGACGAAAACCGGCGGACCAGUCCGCAGCCAUCCACCGGAAGCGUUGUGUGGGCCGAACCAAAGAGUUGAGGGACCUCAACGGGGGGAGUAUGUUCGGUACGAACGAAGCCAGAAACCCCACCGUGACGACCAUCUGCGUUGUCGACGACGAGGGAGAAACGACAUUUGCAACACACCAAGAGCGCGCCAAGUCAGUCCGCAUACAACCUCCGACCGAGAAGGACGAAGCACAGUUUUAGAGUAGUAGCAGGAGGAAGAAGGGAAAGUGGGAGAAAUAAAAGUAGAAAACGAAAUCUCUGUUUUCCGUCCCCCGCAACUAACAACCAUACAGUCCAUCGCUUCCCAUGUCGGCCAGGCCCGAACAGUUGCUGAAACAUUAUAGAAUCUUUUUUUUUGUUCUUAAGACUGAAGGUAGAGGUAGAUUCACCUUUCAAUAUUUGUCAAUAUAUCAUAUUGCCUUGACUUGAAAACACUCACAAAAAGAAUGGAGUCAACUCAGUUUUUUUAAUUGGUAUUCAAUGGUAUUCAAUAGAUUUUCACGCAUCUUUGUUGAAAAAAACAGAUUUUCAAAUGAACAAAUAUAUAUAUUUAAUAUUUAAAGCUUUAUUUUAACACACUACUUAUUUAAUAUACACUAUUUAUUUAAUUUUCUAAUGAACAAAUAUAUAUUUUCAAAUGAACAAAUAUAUAUAUACAGCAAUUCCAUUUCAAAAGA